GUCGCCCUUCCAUCGUUCUCCACUCACGCUUUAUGUUUCUUCAACCGAGAGAGAGGGGGGGAGAGAGAAGAGAUGGUGGAAACGACGACGUUUAUGGGUUUGGGUCACAUGUUCAUGACGAUCUUCUUGCACAGUUUCUCGGCGUUCAUGGUGAUUCCGGCGAUCACUGACGUCACCAUGGCGGCCCUCUGUCCCGGAGAAGACGAAUGCUCCCUCGCAAUUUAUCUCUCCGGUUUCCAACAAGCUGUCAGUGGAUUGGGAUCUUUAUUAAUGAUGCCGAUUGUUGGAACCUUGUCGGAUACGUACGGGAGGAAAGCUCUACUCACUCUUCCCAUGAGCCUUGCCAUUCUACCUCUUGCUAGUUUAGCUUAUAGUAGAACGACAACGACCUUCUAUGUCUACUAUGUCCUCAAGACACUCACUUCAACAGUUUGCGAAGGAAGUGUCCACUGUCUCGCCCUCGCCUACGUGGCCGAUAAUGUAUCGGAACAGCGAAGAGCCUCCGCGUUUGGAAUACUCUCAGGCAUUGGCUCUUGCGCUUUCGUCUGCGGCACCCUCUCCGCUCGCUUUCUCUCCACCUCCGCCACUUUCCAGGUUGCAGCGACAGUGGCGGUUUUGUCGACAGUGUACAUGAGGUUGUUCUUACCGGAUUCGAUCGCAGACAAUAGCUUGACGGUUCCUAUUCUUUCAGGGGAGAAAGUGAGUGCGACUUUACCGAAAGAUAAAUCUGACAAAAAAUUUGAGGUAUUCAGAACACUGCCUUCGGUUCAGGAUAUGGUCGGUCUGUUGAAGAGCAGUGUGCCACUUCUUCAGGCUGCGAUCGUGUCGUUCUUCAGUAGUCUUGGCGAUGCUGGCCUACAAGCUUCAACCAUGUACUACUUAAAGGCCAAAUUUCAUUUUAAUAAGGACCAGUUUGCCGACCUCAUGGUCAUAUAUGGUGCUGCAGGUUCUAUUUCACAGUUGCUCUUCAUGCCCAUUUUAGUUCACGGUUUAGGAGAGGAGAUAAUGCUUUCAAUCGGACUUUUCUUUGGUUGUGCCAAUAUGUUCCUUCUUAGUGUGGCAUGGUCCGCAUGGGUUCCCUAUACGUCGGCCGCCUUUUCAGUUUUCUCAAUAUUAUCACAGCCAUCUAUGAGGAGCAUUGUAUCUAAACAAGUAGCAACGCAUGAGCAGGGGAAGGCUCAGGGGAUAAUUUCAAGCAUAUGCUCCUUUGCCAGCGUUAUUUCUCCGUUGGCCUUCUCGCCUCUGACCGAUCUGUUCCUGUCUGAUCGAGCACCUUUCAACUUCCCGGGUUUCAGUAUCAUGUGCAUUGGGUUUACCACGGAAACUAACGCCGGUGAUAUCUUUGUCCUUCUCCAGACGAUAGCCUUUAUCCAGAGCUUGAUGAUAAGAGCGACCCCUCCAAUGGCUAAUCAUGGAUCACCAUAACUCCUCAGAACAACAACAUAUUUCCGCAGUCUCGGUACGUCAAAGGCUCUCCUUGUCGGAUUCUAAACCGAUAGCCGAAUAAAUUCACGGCUCUUACUGAAUUUAUUAUUGAUGUCUAAGUUGGUAUGAGAAGGUAGCUAUGUACAGAUAGAUAUACAACACCACGCCCGUAUAAUCACAAGGACAAUGUAUAAUCAACAAGUACUCUUUAGAUUCCAAAGA